AGGAUGCAGGAAAUUCUGUUGUUUACACAUGUCUCUGUAACACUGAGAAGCAAGAGGAGCCCAGAAAACCCAGAGGGUAAGGGGAGUGAAAUUACAUUAUGAAUCAAUACAUGAACAUAGGGUCUGUUCAGAAAAUAAUGGAAGAGACACAGGUUUUCAGGACCCAACCAAGACAACCUUAUAAAUCAGCUGAAGUUUGACAACCAGAUGGCAAUAUGUGUAAUUCAAAUCUUCCAUCUCAACAUUUCUAUCCAUAUUCAUCUAAUUAUACAUGUAUGCAUAUGAAUUACAGCAGCAAUUUGGAAAUUUUUGAAGCAGUAAAAAUUCGGGAACUGGAAGAACUCAAAGCCAGAGCUGCACAAAUGGAGAAGACCAUGCGCUGGUGGUCAGAUUGUACUGCUAACAACUGGAAGGAGAAACGGAGCAAAGUUAGAGCAGAAAGAAAUAAAGCCCAAGAGGAAGCAAGGCAAGUGAGAAUAAAAUCAGACAAUGUUGUAAAUGAAAUGAGUAUGCUUAAAAAGUUAAAUCAAGAUUUAGUAAGUGAGAAGGAAAAUUUAUAAAAUGUAACUACUUGGAAUACAGAAUGCAGUUGCUCAGAAAUAUCUCAUAUAAAACAAGACCUAAACCAGCUAACAUUUCCAGAACAAGAACCUGUGAAAGAACUGAGCAAAACCAAGAUUCCUGUGGCAGACAGCACAAAGAAGGAUGUGGAAAUAAUCAAAGACUCUUUAAGAAGCAAUCAAAAUAAUUAAAAAAAAAAAAAACAACAAAAAAAAACUCCAAAGCAUUCUGAUUCCUUUCCCCAUGGAAUUGCCAGUAUUUAUUUGGAGGUACCCAAAAGAAGUCUGGACAAUAUAGCCCAGAUAUCAGAGAAUGAUUUAAUACAUGUUUCUGUCUUGCAUUUGCAUUUGGCUGAGUUACAGAAAAUCUUACAGAAGGAAAGAGAAAUGAAUGUGUUUCUGGAAAAAUAGUGGAAAGGACAGCAAAUGAAUUAUCUCUUUGGAAAUAGAAAUAUGAAGAACUAAGACAAUCUAAGCUGGAAAGUCUGAACCAGGACCAUAGAAUAAUUCAAGCUGGAAAGA